GUCCGGGCAACAGAGUGACACGGGAAUGGACACAGAAGGGAGUCAGAGCAGCCUGUCGUCCUCCACGCAGGACUCCCCGCACGACCCCUGCAAAAUGUUCAUCGGCGGGUUGAGCUGGCAGACGACACAAGAGGGAUUGAAGGAAUACUUUUGUAAAUUCGGCGAGGUGAAGGAGUGUAUGGUGAUGCGGGAUCCGGUUACGAAGCGGUCGAGGGGGUUUGGAUUUGUCACCUAUGUUGACCAGACUGGUGUGGAUAAAGUUUUGGCCCAAAACAGACACGAGCUGGAUUCGAAAACUGUGAGUACUUGAUCAUUUUCUUCGACUAUGCUGAUGAUUAGCGUAAAUACACUCUGUUUACAGUGCGUACGUUGGUUUCAGGUCAUUCAGAAAAAAAAAUGCAGUGCUAUGGCUUCGUCCCUCCUGCAUCUUGUCUUGAUGUUCGCUUCAUAUUCAGCAGCUUAUCUUUUUUUCCUUAGUGGGAUAAAUGCUUUGCAGAGGUUUCCGUUUCCUACGGUCAUUUGAACGCGCAUGCACGAGGCGCGCGGUUCCAGCAGGUCUGUCUGGCGCACUGCGCGCCGCAUGAAAGCGUUCUUUCUCGCUUUUCAUCGCUAUGGCAACCUGGGGAGCGAAACAGGGCAGAAUCAAACUUUUUAGGACUCGAACAACAUUCAGCAAAAGUGUUUGUAGAUGCGUGUAUGAACUACAAAGAAGACAGGAAAGUGGGGCCUAAUGCUAUUACAGAAAGUAGCAUGGUUAUUAAAAUCAUAUACAGUGACACUAAUAUUACAAGCACUUUCAUAUCACUUUUCUACCAAAACGUGAAGCUGGCACAAUAUCACAACCAGUAUUUGUCUUUUUACUAGGCACGAGCUGGUCUCCUGACAUUUUAUCUAUCAGAUUAUGCUACCAACACUGUAUUUCUAUGGUUCUGAGGUCGGGGUAAGGGCAUAGAAUUGGCAUAGAUGGAGGGCACGUGUCCCCACCAAUAUCUAACAAUUACUAAUAUGUCCCUACCAAUAAUUUAAUCGACUUCAAAAUAAAAUAAUGCUCCAUCAACCCUAAGUAGCCUACGAGUGUACACAGCAGGGCCGGAGUGGGACUCCUUUUCAGCCCUGGAGUUUCAAGCCUUAGAUUGGCCUACCUCAGUUCAUCAUCAGUUAUUAAAAUAAGGUCAUUUCCAAUUCAGUUUCUAAUGACAUUAUCACGUCUUUUUCAAGGAAACAGCUGCUUUAGAACUUCAAAUGUUUUUCAUAAAUAUAAGAAGAUUAAAGGGUAGCUAAAUCUCCAACACUAUUCUUUAAAACAUCCCAAUGUCCUUUCCUGCAACAUCUGAACAUAUAUUUAGUGCAAAAUUCUUUAUAGAUAUUCAGUCCUUUGUAACAGUGGUCACACAAAGAAUAAAAAUAAAAUAUGUACACCUAUAUAAUUAACCCAAACAGUAUUAUACACCUUAAAAC